GCAAGAAAGUGCUCACCUCCUUCGGGGAAGCCGUCAAGAACCUGGACAACAUUAAGGCGACUUAUGCCAAGCUGUCCGAGCUGCACUGUGAGAAGCUGCACGUGGACCCCGAGAACUUCAGGCUCCUCGGAGACAUCCUAAUCAUUGUCCUGGCUUCCCACUUCGCCAGGGAUUUCACCCCUGCUUGCCAGUUUGCCUGGCAAAAGCUGGUCGGUGUCGUGGCUCAUGCUCUGGCCCGCAAGUACCACUGA